CAUGUGCGCGCGCACGCUUGACGUGUCCCAGACGUCCACGACCAUGGCCACACGCAUCCACCCACCACCACAACGCCACCCAGCUUUCGAGUCACUUUUCUGGUUUCAAAAUUUGCCGCUCCUAUAAGAUGGCGAGAUAGCUCUAUUCACCGUGCGAUUUCCACUUGAUGCUUGCAAACCUGCAUACAUAUCUCACUCUAGCAUCCACCACCACCUGGGCUACCCGCGUCUGCUGGAGGGGGCGAGGAGAGCCCCCCAAAUCAAAGGAGCAGCGGCGGGAGAGAGGGGGUCGGAAUGGGCGCCAAAUGCAGGGUUGCCAAACACGACUAAUCCCACUCCGGUUGUCUAGUAUGCCUUUUUGCGGCGGUCCGGGGCAGAUGAACCGAGCGCACCUGGACGAAACCAUACAAUCGUCCGAGUUGGACAAUCACGUAUUGCUAUGGACCAAGGACAUCUGCAGGCAUCGUCAGUCAGUCUUACUAUUCGACCUCUCCUUUUUCGAUGAGACAGCCGUGCAGGUCCCACCAACAAUCGACACUGCUCGUUGCACAUGCAUUCCAUCGGCAAAUGAUCCUCCGAGAACGGCCUGCCCACCAAGCGAUAAAGUUCUAGCCCGGCAUGCAACCGUGCUGAUACAGGUCUUUCCGCCACGGACUGCUAGUACUCGGGUGAUGUCGCGAUAUGCUCAUCCACAUGUAUGUCUCUGUCACGAGUCGAGCUGCUGCUCGGGCGGAUUUAUGUUACGCGCCCCCCGAGACCAGGGCCUCCUUUGGGAAGGAUGCGCCGGCCGCGCUUCCCAGGAGGAUCGCGGUGAGGGCUAUAGAUCACGGUGCUCAUCAUGUGACAACCGGUCAGGCGGCUGUCCAGCCAAGAGAUAUGAUUAUCUAGUCGCCAUGAGUCUUAUUCACGACCACAAUCUACUUCUAAUCGGAGCUGCUGCAUACAGAUUUGAGUGAAGAGAAUGUCCUCACUGUGUGCGGACGGUGAGCUAAUGAAAUCCAUUCGGUAUCCGAUCGUCGGUUUCAAUUUUCACUGCUGUGACGUGUGAGACGUGGGGUCACUG